AAAAUGUUUCAUUUUAACGCCUUUAAAAAAAUAGUUCAGAAACAACAUUUGGAAGAAAUUAGAACAAUGCUGAGUGACUAUACCACUCGAUUAUAUAAGUGUAAUUCAGAUAGCACGUAAUACCCACCGAACAUUACAUAAUGUACAGCCAGCAAAUUUCUGUUUCACCCUCUAACCUGCGAAAGCUCCUCAUGGAUGCGAGACAGCAAGGCUGCAGUAGACAGCAGAUCUGACCUUCACAUUAAUGCAGAUUAAACGCAUCUGAGUGCGGUACAUGGCACGUCCUCACAGACUGGACCGUGAGAAUGGAUCGUCUUUAAGAGUCCUCCAGUGCUGUUUUAAUAAGUUUUAACAGGAUUUGUGUGGCUGUAGGUUGAUGUGGACAUCAUGCACACUGAUGUCUGCUUCUGCUUUGCAUGUGUUUUUCUCCACUGGAGCGCUGCAGCUGCGCGGACAGGUGCUUCAGACAUGCAGCCAAACCAGAUCCAAACGAGAAACCACCAGAACAGAGAGAGAAGCACGUAAACCUGGCAGCACUUUACUAAUGAGAAGUCCAGAUGUCACAAAAGCUCCCGUUACGAAAUCAGAACAGCUCCUCAAGUUAGAUGACCAUGACUUCACCAUGAGGCCUGGCUUUGGAGGGCCUGCGAUACCCGUGGGUGUUGAUGUUCAGCUUGAGAGUCUGGACACCAUCUCUGAAGUAGAUAUGGACUUCACCAUGACCCUGUACCUGAGACAUUACUGGAAGGACGAGAGACUGUCCUUUCCCAGCAACACCAACCAGAGCAUGACCUUUGAUGGCCGGCUGGUGAAGAAAAUCUGGGUACCUGACAUAUUUUUUGUCCAUUCCAAACGAUCCUCCAUCCAUGACACCACCACGGAGAACGUCAUGCUGCGAGUGCAUCCUGAUGGCAAAGUGCUCUACAGCUUGAGGGUUACAGUCACAGCGAUGUGCAAUAUGGAUCUCAGUCACUUUCCGCUGGACACCCAGACAUGCUCACUGGAGAAUGAGAGCUAUGCCUAUACUGACGAUGACCUCAUGCUGUACUGGAAGAGAGGAAACAAAUCUCUGCAGACAGAUGAGAAGAUCUCUCUGUCUCAGUUCCUCAUUCAGGAGUUUCACACCACCACCAAACUAGCCUUCUACAGCAGCACAGGUUGGUACAAUCGUCUUUACAUCAACUUCACUCUGCGUCGUCAUAUCUUCUUCUUCCUGCUUCAGACGUACUUUCCUGCCACUCUGAUGGUCAUGCUGUCAUGGGUGUCCUUCUGGAUCGACCGGCGAGCUGUUCCUGCACGGGUUCCUCUGGGCAUCACAACGGUGCUCACUAUGUCCACCAUCAUCACUGGAUUUCAAAUAUCGCUUGAGCCCAGAGUCUCCUACAUCAAAGCUGUGGACAUUUACCUGUGGGUCAGCUUCGUCUUUGUCUUCCUGUCUGAUGAGUACGCCGCUGUCAAUUACCUGUCCACUCUGCAGGAGCGCAAAGAGAGGAUGCAAAGCAACAGGCAGUUGCCGUGUACGUGUGGAAUGACCCAUCCUGGUCAGAUGAUGAUGAGCAACAGCUACAGCGACAUGGACAUGAUGACCACAGGGAACUACGGCAUGUCGGAGCUGAACGAAGACAAACAGGAGCAGUUCCUGGUUCAUCUGGUCCUGGAUAAUGAACAAGGAGCUCAAAGACCUGCUGUAGGCUCAAGCAGCAGCGUAUUUAUAGACACUCAUGCCAUAGACAAAUACUCAAGGGUCAUCUUCCCUGGAGCCUACACACUCUUCAACAUCAUAUACUGGUCCAUCUACUCACAAUGACUGCUGCUCCUUUACAUUAUAUGACAUUUGUGUAAGUCUUGGAAAUACAGAUUACUUAUGAAAAUCUGUUUCUUUUUUAUUACGCUUGCUUCUCAGCAAUAAAUGAAAAUAUAUGACUGUAUGUGGGCAGUUGACAUGAUGCACUGGGUUUCUCUCCUCAAAGAAAAGGUUUAUUUUUUCUUUUUUUUGGUAUAUAUUUUAAUCUGUAGGCUGAAUAGCAAAGAACAUAGAUUUUGUCAAUAAAUAUCAAAUUGCUUAUUCAGAUUUGUUUAGCAGCUUCAAGUAAAAUCUAUAAAUUAUACUGAUGUGAUUGUCCACCGUAUGGACUUUGAAAUACAUAAACGUAUGAGCAACAUAGAUCAAAAUAUUAUUUAAAUACAACAGUAUUGUUAUUAUUAGAGUACUAUUAGAUCCUGAAAAUUUUAAGAUAAAAGAAAAGAAAACAAAACAGUGGAGUGACUAAAAAAAAAUCUAUUUUGAACCUUGAAAACAUAGCAAAUCAGGGAAGAUGGAAAAAUAUAUAUAUUUCCAUUUGCCCUCAUACAAUGGAUUAAAUCUGUAAUAUUUGUGUGGAACAAAUUUGAAGUUUAUUUAUUCAUUCAUAUAGUUUCAUACACUAACAUUAGAUCUUCAGCAUGUUUAAGUAAAAAAUUACAGUAUGUUUUACCUAUUUGUGUUGAUACAGCAUAUUGGCAUUAUGUGUCAUGAUCUGAUCAUGUGUCAAAAUAGCUGAAUAAUCUCAAUAGUAAUAAACUAGUAAUAAAUAACUUUUUUAUUACUGUUCAUACUGAGUGAAUAUUUUUUUAUGGACUACAUGGAAUGUUGGUAUUUUUCAUUUUUAAGACCCCAGAACAACUGAAAUGAACUAAUAAAGGCAAAAAUAUGAUUUAAAAAGUGAAAAGUCUGUCUGUUUUAAAAUAUGUCACGUUUAAUUCAAUGUGUUUAUUUGUAAUUAUUUUUGAAAUUUGCUAAUUUCUGAGU